CGCAAGUGUGCUAACCUCCGUGUCUUGAACUCCUACUGGAUCAACCAAGAUGCCACUUACAAGUACUACGAAGUUAUCCUUGUUGAUCCUUCUCACAAGGCUAUCCGUCGUGAUCCUCGCAUCAACUGGAUCGUCAACGCUGUUCACAAGCACCGUGAAGCUCGUGGUCUCACUGCUGUCGGCAAGAAAUCUCGUGGUCACAACAAGGGUCACCUCUUCAACAACACCAAGGGUUCUGGUCGUCGUGCCACCUGGAAGCGUCGCAACACUCUUUCUCUCCGUCGUUACCGUUAAAGACUUUAUCCGCCCUAUUUUAUUGCUUUUUCAUUAAACAGUAAAGUAACAACUACAGCUUUUUUUUUUGUCAAUUGUAUUAUAAUGGGCUUCCAUCUUUCUUUGGUUUCGACUGAUCGUUCAUUGGCAUUGCAUGCAUAUUCUUAUGCGGGGGAAACAAGUUGGGCUUUUCAGUUUUUCUUCCCCUCAUUUUACUGUUGUUCUUUAUCUUCUAACCUAUAAAAUAGAUCGCAUCAAAAAAAAACAUAUAAUGUCUAUCCAUAGCACAGUUCCCCAGCUUGAGACGAUGGAGAUUGUAUUGUUUCCUAAUGGUGUUGCAGAGAUUGCGCACAAUCGACCUAAGCGUUCAAAUGCUCUUUCUCCCCAGUCUUAUCGAGAUUGGUUAAAUGCGUUAAGAUGGGCAGCUCAGAGUGACAGAGUGAAGAUAGUGAUUCUAACAGGACGGGGAAGAUAUUAUACCUCAGGGCAACAGUUAGAAAUGCCUGAUGCAAGCAUACAGAAUUUAGAAGAAGAAAUGGACCAAAGAAGACAAACAACAACUGAUGUUGUAUCUGAAAUGAUCAAGUUUCCAAAGUUGAUCAUCGCUGCCGUCAAUGGUCCAAGCAUUGGCUUUGGGACAACCACUCUGGCAUUGUGCGAUGUUGUUUAUUCUGUACCUGAAGCAACAUUUUCUACUCCGUUCAUGAAAUUAGGAUUCUGUGCGGAAGGAUGUUCUUCGAUAUUACUACCAAGAAUUAUGGGCCAAUCCAAAGCAAAUGAAAUGCUUCUUUUAGGAAGGACAUUUAAUGCACAAGAGAUGGUAGAUUGUGGAUUCAUCAGUCGAAUUUUGCCUGCUCAAGGGUUCCGUGAAGCUAUUUUGAGAAUUGCAGAUGAUGCGUCAAAAUUCUCCUCAGAAGCUAUCAAAGUGACGAAGGACCUUGUGAGAAAUAUUGAUCGUGAUCUUUUGGAGCAAGUCAAUCAAAAUGAAAUGUCUGCUUUAAAAGAUCGUAUGAACAGUAGUGAUUCUUUGGAAAGCAUUAUGCGAUUCUUGGAGGAAGCUGCUGCGAAAAAGGCAGCUAAGGCAAAAGCUAAAUUGUAACACGCUUUUUCGGAAGCAGUGAUACUAGUCAAUGAAAGAGACAACUGUUUAAAUUCAUUGAGAACCAAUAGUAAUAAUGGACACUGUAUUGCUUUAUUUUUAUUUUGAAGGAAAUAAUCUAUUUCUAUACAAUCAAAAUAAAGAUGUCUUAUGUAUGCAUAAAAUAA